GAGAAAACAGAGGUGCUCAAUGAAGAUCUGUUACAGAUUGAGCGGCGUCUGGAUACAGUGCGGUCAAUGUGCCACCAUUCCCACAAACGCCUGAUGGGCUGCUUCCAGGGCCAGCAUGGCACGGAUGCUGAAAGGAGACAUAAAAAACUCCCUCUGACAGCUCUCGCUCAGAAUAUGCAGGAAGCAUCAACUCAGCUGGAAGAUUCUCUCUUGGGGAAAAUGCUGGAGACGUGCGGGGACGCUGAGAAUCAGCUAGCUCUAGAGCUCUCUCAGCAUGAAGUCUUUGUUGAGAAAGAGAUUGUGGACCCUCUUUAUAGCAUAGCUGAGGUGGAGAUUCCCAACAUCCAGAAACAGAGGAAACAGCUUGCUAAAUUGGUGUUGGAUUGGGAUUCAGUCAGAGCCAGGUGGAACCAAGCUCACAAAUCUUCAGGAACCAACUUUCAGGGGCUUCCAUCAAAAAUAGAUACCCUGAAGGAAGAGAUGGAUGAAGCUGGAAAUAAAGUAGAACAGUGCAAGGAUCAACUCGCAGCAGAUAUGUACAACUUUAUGGCCAAAGAAGGGGAGUAUGGCAAGUUCUUUGUGACGUUAUUAGAAGCCCAAGCAGAUUACCAUAGAAAAGCAUUAGCAGUCUUAGAAAAGGCCCUUCCCGAAAUGCGAGCCCAUCAAGAUAAGUGGGCGGAGAAGCCAGCCUUUGGGACUCCAUUGGAAGAACACUUGAAGCGAAGUGGACGUGAAAUCGCCGUCCCCAUUGAAGCUUGUGUCAUGCUGCUCCUGGAGACCGGCAUGAAGGAGGAGGGCCUUUUCCGCAUUGGCGCUGGGGCCUCCAAGUUAAAGAAGCUGAAGGCUGCCUUAGACUGUUCUACUUCUCACCUGGAUGAGUUCUAUUCCGAUCCCCAUGCUGUGGCAGGUGCUUUAAAGUCCUAUUUACGAGAAUUGCCUGAACCCUUGAUGACUUUUAAUUUGUAUGAAGAGUGGACCCAAGUUGCAAGUGUUCAGGAUCAAGAUAAAAAACUUCAAGAUUUGUGGAGAACGUGCCAGAAGUUGCCACCACCAAAUUUUGUUAACUUUAGGUAUUUAAUCAAGUUCCUUGCAAAGCUUGCUCAGACCAGCGACGUAAAUAAAAUGACUCCCAGCAACAUUGCAAUCGUAUUAGGCCCUAACUUGUUAUGGGCCAAAAAUGAAGGAACGCUCGCUGAAAUGGCAGCAGCCACAUCUGUUCACGUGGUUGCCGUGAUUGAGCCCAUUAUUCAGCACGCUGACUGGUUCUUCCCGGAAGAGAUUGAAUUUAAUGUAUCAGAAACAUUCGCACCUCUUGCCAUCCCAAAUUCCAAUCACUCAUCAUCCCACACUGGAAAUGACUCUGACUCUGGGACCCUGGAGAGGAAGCGGCCUGCCAGCAUGGCGGUGAUGGAAGGGGACUUGGUUAAGAAGGAGAGUCUUCCAGUACCCAAGGACUCUGUGUCUGCAGCUACGCCAGUGCCAGGGAGGAACAGCAGUCAGACAAGCAUUGGCCCAAACCAGGCUGUAGGGGCUGCUGGCUCGCAUCAGCUUUCAGCUGGCCCCGCCCACAAUUCCGCUGGUCCCAGUCCUCACACUCUGCGCAGAGCUGUUAAAAAACCUGCUCCAGCACCCCCAAAACCAGGAAACCCACCUCCUGGCCAUCCUGGGGGCCAGAGUUCUCCAGGAACGUCUCAGCACCCACCCAGUCUCUCACCAAAGCCAACCACCAGGAGCCCCUCUCCCCCCACUCAGCACACAGGCCAGCCCUCAGCCACCCCCCAGCUCUCCGCUCCCCGGAGGUACUCCAGCAGCCUGUCUCCAAUCCAAGCCCCCAACCACCCCCCACCCCAGCCCCCAACCCAGGCCACGCCUCUGAUGCACACCAAACCAAAUAGCCAGGGCUCUCCCAACUCCGUGGCGCUGCCCAGUGAGCAUGGACUCGAGCAACCAUCUCACACACCUCCCCAGACUCCGACCCCCCCCAGUACCCCACCUCUAGGAAAACAGAAUUCUGGCCUGCCAGCUUCUCAAGGCCAGGCAUCGGGUAACCCCGAGACUAUGCAUCAACAUGUGGGAACCCUACCAAGACCAAGACCAGUUCCAAAGCCGAGGAACCGACCCAGCGUGCCUCCACCACCUCACCCCCCUGGUGCCCACUCAGCUGGGGACAGCAGCCUCACCAACACUGUGCCCACAGCCUCCAAAAUAGUAACGGACACCAAUUCUAGGGCUUCAGAACAUCUUCGCGGCAUCUUUCCCGAACUGAACUCAGAUUUGGCCAGCAAAGACCUGCCUGGCCGCAUCCUGCUGGACAUGGACAAUGAUACAGAGAGCACUGCCCUGUGA